AUGGCUGAAGGUGAAAUUUGGAUGAUAAAUCCAGAUGAUUUAAGCGACAAUGAAUUAGAAUAUGAGUUGGGAAUUAGAAAACAGAAUAUCAAGGAAUCAGUACAGCAGAAAAGAGAACGAUUGAGAAAUAUUUUUCAGAGUGAGGAAAAGGGAAGUAAUACAUGGAAUAUAGAAAGUAAUAUGGGAGAGGAAUUACCUUUGGUAAAUAGGAAAUUGAAGAAAAUCGAAGCAGGUUUGAAAGAAAAUGUUCAGGUGAAAUGGAUUUCGCAAUUGCGUCAUUGGCGAGAAAGAAUUAAUAGAACGGAAACUAUAGAUUUGGCACAAGAAGAUCAGAAAUUUGAGACGCUAAUACGAAUUUCGAAAUUAAUAGAGACGUAUAAAACGCAAGCGAGAAGGUUGAUGAACUUGAGUGAUAGAGAAGAACACGGGGAAUCGGAAUCGACGGAAAGUAAAGUAAAGGCAGAAGAAAAUAUCACGUUGUUGGAUCAAAGCUUACAAUUUGAGAGUAGCUUUGCAAAAGGAAUAAAAGAAAGCAUGAAAGUUAGGAAAAUUUCUCCCAUUAAAACAGCUGAUGAAACUUCUGAAGAUCACAGCAAGGACCAGAAGGUAAAAUCAAAAAAACAUGAUCAGGAAAAGGUAGACAGGAAAGAGAUAAGAGGCCAUACAGAGAAUAGUAAGGUAGCGGAAAAAUCAGGUGCAGCAGGAAGCGAUGAAAAUAAGAGGAAUGUGAAAUCUGAAAAAGAGGAUAAGAAACGAAACAAGCAGGAAAAGAAACAUAAAAAGAAGAAAUUACCCGAGAGUUCGUCUUCGGACUCAGAGAGCUCUUCAUUGGACUCUUUAAGCAGUUUGCUUUCAACGAGCUCCUCUUCUACGUCCUCGUUAGAUAGUCUGCCGGACAAGGACGAAAAAUCUUAUCGACGAGAUCAUAAAUUUCGCCAUUUCCGUUUGGAUAAAUGGGGUAUCCAGUUCAGUGGUGAUCCUCAGGGAAUGGAGUUUCCGACUUCGUCUUCCAAGUGA